AAGUGAAAGCAAAAGCUUCCGUCACAAGCCAAACCCGAACGCCGCCACCACAAAAACUAACCGCAUUUUCUAUACAGAGAUGUUGAGCCGAAUGUCACACCUAUGUGACAAACGUUUGUUCACUCAAUUCGUGUAGUAGUAUAGUCGGACGGAGGACUUUAUUUAUUCAGAUUAUCUAUCACCCCUUUACAUAUAGAGAUGCCUUCAUCAUCAUCGCCUUCUUCUACACAGCAGCAAUUGAUGACAAUUGAUGAAUCUGUAACCUUAAUACCUGGCCUUCCAUACGACGUUGCAUCUCUGAUUUUAUCAUUCAUUCCUUACUCCCACCAAUCACGUCUCAAAGCCACCUGCAAAUCAUGGUGUCUAUUUUUCUCAUCCAAAACCCUAAUAUUUCACCGCCGUAAACUCUCCCGCCUAUCGCAUCUCCUCUGUAUAUUCCCUGAAGAUCCUUCUAUUUCGUCUCCUUUCCUCUUCGACGCGUCUAAUCUCGCGUGGCGUCCACUCCCGCCUCUCCCUUGUAACCCCUCCACCUACAGUCUCACCAAUUUCACUUCCGUCUCCCUUGGGCCCGACGUCUACCUUGUCGGUGGGUCCCACUUUGACGCGCGUUCCUUUCCUUUGGAUCUACCACUCCCGACUGACUCGGCCUUCAGGUUCAAUUUCAUCACCUUCUCGUGGGAGAGAAUCGCGCCGAUGAUUUCGCCACGCGGGAGCUUCGCUUGCGCGGCGGUACCGGGAUUGAAUCAGAUAAUUGUUGCCGGUGGAGGGUCCAGGCAUAGUUUGUUUGCUGCGGGAGGGAGUAGGAUAAGUUCGGUGGAGAGAUAUGAUGUGGCGAGAAAUGAGUGGGUAGAGAUGGAUGGGUUGCCCAGGUUUAGAGCGGGAUGUGUGGGGUUUAUGGCGGAGGAAAGUGGUGAGUUUUGGGUGAUGGGUGGGUACGGGGACUCGAGGACGGUUUCGGGAGUGUUUCCUGUGGACGAGUACUACAGAGAUGCAGUGGUGCUGGAACUGAAGAAGAAUGACGAUGAUGGUAGUCAUGGUUGGGGGACUUGGAGGGAAGUUGGUGAUAUGUGGGGGGAAGGGGAGAGGACACGGCUAGGGAAGAUUGUCGUUAUGGAGGAUGAAGAUCAUCGAAGGCCUGAAGUUUUCAUGCUUGAUAAUAAUGAUAUCUCAAGGUAACUUCUAUACUUUGUCUGUGAAAUGAGUGAGUUCAGUCCUUUACAUGCAAUUUAGAUUAUCUAUAGUGGUAGUUAAAUCUCGAGUUUAAUUUGUUUUUGCUGUGCCAUGAGCAUUAUGUUUCGUUGAUUUGGUUAUUUACUUAAGCGGUAUUCACUUAACUAGCCAUAAGGUUAGUCUAUGCAUAGCUGCUUGAAGGUGUAGGUUUGCCGAAAGUUGCUAGAAUUGUAAUCAACUAGUAAAAUACAAAAAAGUUGGGUGGCAAUUGGGUUAUAGACGUUGUUGUGAAAACAAAACUUCAUAUAAAUAAACACACUUCUAACUUUUUAAUUUGCCUGUUAGAUCAAUUUUUGAAUUCUUUUCGUUUUUUGUGCCAUAAAUUGAUAAUCGGUUCCUGUUUCAUUUGUUUGCUUACUAAUUGUGGACUCUAUCUUAGUUAUGAACAUUAGUUCUUUUUUCUUUCUUUCUUUUUUAUUUAACUUUUAUUUCGCCAUCUAUAAACUGUUUAAUUGGGUUGCAUUUUCUGUCAUUUGUGUGUAUCUCUGGUUGUGGUUGGUCAAUUGCUCAAUUUUUUGAGUAAAGAUUGUAUCUAUUUUUUUAUUUUAGUAAUCUUGCACUGCAUAGUGACUUGGUGAGA